AUGCCUGACCGCUCAAUUCCGGUGCAGAGGAACAGCCGUGAAGAAGCAGAGAAUGAUACCAUGCAACGAGAUCAAAGCAGAAAGUUCCCUUCCCCACAGCACCAGAGUUACUCGGUUGAGGGACACCAUAACGUUGUUCAGCUACAGUAUAAUCAAAAGCAUCCAAAUAUGCGGCAGCUUGCACGUCAAGAAUUUCAACUUGAACCAGACGGGCAUGAUCAAGCACAGUCGGCUGAAACAAACACUAAAAACUUGAGCGACAGCCCUACACUGGAUUACACUGGACAUGAGUAUUCAGAUCAAAAAUAUAGCCCCGCAAACUACGCUGAAUACGUCAAAGAGGAUUACACUUUCAAUAAUCAAAAUGUGUACAACGCCGCUAACUUUGAUGACAGAAAAGAAUUUGGAAGAAAUCACUCGGCUGUAAUACGAGUUGGAGAUCCAAGCGACGUCGAAAGUGCUGACGAAAAUUAUCAACAAAAUACUGCAAAAACUGAGAAUAAAAGAUGCGUAACCACUAAACAACCGAAAAGGAAAACGGCCGAAGAGGAACAACGAAAGGUUGUCAAUGCAAAAUACGCUCAUACAAAUGGGCAACUGUAUAAAAAUCAUACUUUGGCUGUACCAACUCGUUACGAUUCUUCCGUCACCUGUAACGCAAAUGUUAAUCAUAUACAGCUGUCGUCAUAUAAAAAUGUAAACACAUUACCAAUCAACAGUAGCCAAAAACAGAUUCAAAAGAUUUCUCGAGAAUCUACGAAAGAAUCAUCAGAACAGAAAGAAUACGUUAACAGAAACACAGUUUUUACCGACGAAUUUACAGACGAACAGCAGAAGGGACUUAUCAGAAUAGAUGCAGCCAGUGCAGAAAAUACUCUGCGAAUUAACAAACGAUCUAAUAACAGUGAGGAUAUAACCUUUACAAAUACAAAAUCACAAGCUCAGCGAAAUAUUCAACUGCAAAAUGCUCCUGAAGUUAUACAACAAUCGCCACAGUAUAAUAGCCAUCACAAACAGAUGUUUGGUAACGUGAAAAAUCAACAGCGUUCCGUAACAGCUAUACAAACGCAAAUAACAACAAAUCCGUUUGCAAAAAAAAAGUGUGAAAAGGAUGAACGUGAAGGUCAAGUUGCUGAAGAUAACCGCGCAGGAUCAGUACAGAGUGCAGUGGCCAAAUUUAAUAGUAAGAAGUUUCAAAAUUUAAAUGCUGAAGAAAUGAAGCAAAAAGAAUCGAAAUGUGGUGAUGUUCAAAGCACUAAGGAGGAAGAAGUGAGAACACUGUUGCUACAAAAAAAUCAUGACGAUUGUUACGAAGGUGUGCAGGAACCCAUAGAAUACCAACAAAAACAGCGUGGAGACACCAUUCAGCAGAACCCUGCGGCUGUAAAAAGAACUGGAAGUAAGGCUCCUUCAGUGACAAAUACGAUAAAUUCUGACUUUGAUAUGACACCAAAUGGCGUAACUACGGCAAGUGUUGAAUGCAGUAAGGUGCAAGUGAUUCAUUCUAAAAUUUCCCCUGUGUCAACAGAUUCCGCGCUUUCAAGUGAUGACGCAUUCCCAAAUCCACCAAAUUCAGUAAACGGUGUCUCGCUUCAUCUGAAGGACAAUAAUAAAAAAAAUUUUGAUGCUGAAGCUCAACUUCUACUUUGCUAUAUUAAAAGCCAUCGUUCCGUGUUAAAUUAUCUGGGUAUUGGGCUAGCAGACUCAUUGUGGAUAAAAGUUGACGAGAUGCCGAAUUACAAAGUGGAACUUAGAAUUGUUGACGAGAACAAAGAAAAGAUGAAGGAUACAGUACGUGAAAAAAUCUUACACAGGAAGAGUUCUAAUUCUAAAAGUCCAAAACAGAGGCCGACCAAAAAAGCUAAAGAAAUUUCAAAAGUAAAAAUACAGACAGCUACCCCACAGGAACCAAGCUUGACAGCUAACAAUGUUCUUAUAAAAGCGCCAAGAAAAAUGCAGUAUCGACAGCCACGUGACGAUUCUAGUGACGAAGAACAUGUAAGGGCAGCAGAAGAAGAACCUCGCGGCACACUUAACUGUGUUUCAGAAGACGAUCAACAAAUUAUUCAAGAUUUUGAAGACGUCAGCAAGCAGAUGAAUUCAUCACGACCAACAUCGAAUUCGACAAUUUCGAACGAACCAAGGCGACAGUCCGCUGAAUGCGACGACGAUUUUAUAGAAGAUAAGACUGAAAAUGACUUCGACGAUAUGUGCGAGGAAGAAAUGCAAAAAAAUAAAGAACCAACACUUGUACCCCGAGACCUCGAGAAGAGGUAUACAACACAGCCUUUAGAUUACGAUGAAGGUAUUAAAAGCGAGUCAAGGAGUGGGCGAUUUAUGAAAAAGUCUGCUGCGGCACUAAUCGCACGUAAACAGACUAGUGCUGUAAAUUCACCAGCUCCUGUACAGAAAGGGGUUCAUAAGCGAUCUUUGACUACCGAUCCACAGCGCAGUCUCACGAGGGAACAAAAAACUGAAUCACGUAUAGCAGCAGAAAUACGGAACCUGAAAGAACGUGAAGAGGAACUCCGUAGAAGUCGUUCGGAACUGGGACUUCCAUCCUUGGAAGAUAUUGUUGAUACGUGGAAGUGCGGUACGCAGGUCGAGAAAGCACAACUCAGUGAAUUACCACCAUUGAGAAGUGCACGGUCUUACGACCAUCUUCAUGCUGCAUUAGCAGACGAAUCACGGUGCAACACAGAGCCGAGGGUUUCAAAAAGCGAAUCUUUUCACCAUCUACAGGUACCGUAAAC